AUGGCUAUGGCUCCUUUCCUGGUGGUUUUAGUACAAGUGGUAUUAUUACCAUCCGUUUUUGGAGGUGCAUAUUAUGGGCACAAACCACAUCAUCAACAGCAUCAGCCCAUACCUCAUAUACCUCACAAAGGUAUAGGAAAAGAGAUGCCUCAUUUGCAGCAUCACCUUUACAGGAAAGAGAUACCACAAUUACCCAUGCAUAUGAACAAAGGCAAGGACAAAAAAGGUGAGACCAUCCCUAGAGGUGAGCAGGGCAUUCCAGGUGAAGUUGGACCUCCUGGACCACAAGGACCACCAGGGCCUUCUGGUCCUCAAGGAAAUGGAAUGCCAGGUCCUCCCGGAAAUCCAGGUGCUCCUGGCCCCCCAGGGUUACCUGGUGUUGGUAAACCAGGAAUGCUAGGAAUGCCAGGGAAGCCUGGUGAAAUGGGACCACCAGGAGAACAAGGUGAACAGGGACCUGGUGGAGCACAGGGGCAACCAGGUAUGACAGGACCACCUGGUCCACCAGGACCCCCAGGCUUGCAAGGAAUUGGGAGGCCAGGUGGCCAAGGGCUACCAGGACUGCCAGGACCCAAAGGUGAACCAGGGCACAAAGGUCUACCUGGUCUUCCGGGGUUGCCUGGGCCUAAAGGAGAUAAGGGAAUCGGACAUAUUGGGCCACAAGGUCCAAAAGGUCCACCUGGGCCUUCAGGACUACCUGGGCAUAAAGGAUUGCCAGGGGUGGGCAAGCCUGGAGCCCCUGGUUUGCCAGGUGCACCAGGUAAAGAAGGACAACCUGGACCACCUGGACCACUUGGUCCAGAAGGACCAUCAGGCUUGGAGGGCAAACAAGGACCACAAGGACUGCCUGGCAUUGGGAAACCAGGUGAUGUUGGAUUGCCAGGGCAGCCGGGUGUCCCAGGUCAUAAAGGCCUACCAGGGCCACCAGGUUUGCCAGGAAGGCCUGGAUUACCUGGAUUUGGAAAACCAGGAUACCCUGGCCCAAAAGGUGACAAAGGAAUGGGAGGGCCACCUGGACCUUCAGGACCAAAAGGUGACAUAGGAUUUGGAGGUCCACCUGGUAUGGUAGGACCCUCAGGACCGAGUGGUCCUCCUGGCUCUCCAGGACCAGUAGGACCUCCUGGUGGUAUUGGUGCACCAGGACCUAAAGGGGAGAGCGGUGAAGGUGGAGCAAAAGGAGAACCAGGGUCUGUGGGAAAGCCAGGACCUCCAGGAAUUGCAGGCCAACCAGGUCAAGCAGGUGAAGAUGGUGACCCUGGCCCACGGGGACCAGCAGGCCCUAUCGGUCCCAAAGGAGAUGGUGGAGAGAAGGGUCAACCUGGAUCCCAUGGCCCUCCUGGCAUGCCUGGCCCUAAAGGAGAAGCAGGGGCACCUGGUCCUGAAGGGAAGCAGGGUCCAGGAGGCAUUCCAGGGCUGACAGGACCAGCGGGACCAUUUGGCCCAUCUGGAGCUCCUGGGCCUAAGGGAGAACCUGGUCCUCCUGGUAAGGCUGGUCCUCCAGGUGAGGGAAGCCCUGGUGCUACAGGCCCUCUUGGUCUUCCUGGGCCUCCAGGCACAAGUGGUUCCCCAGGCCAGCCAGGUCAACCAGGUCCUCCUGGUCCUCCAGGACCCCCUGGACCACCUGCCCUAAACCCUGAACUCAUGGGUGUUCUGCCUGAGAUGGGGCCAGCCCUGGAUGGAGUGAAGACUAGUGGGCAUAUGAAAGGAAAAAAGUAUGGAGGUGGAGCUGAUAUAAUGGGUUCUAGUGGUCUAGAGAUGCCUGCUUUUACUGCACAACUGACUACACCUUACCCUCCAGUUGGAACACCAGUGGUAUUUGACAAGCUAUUGUAUAAUGGCCGACAGAAUUACAAUCCACAGACAGGUGUGUUCACCUGUGAUCUACCUGGUAUCUACUACUUUUCAUACCAUGUACAUUGCAAGGGUUCCAAUGUGUGGGUGGGUCUGUACCGAAAUGGAGAACCUGUAAUGUAUACAUAUGAUGAGUAUAAGAAGGGUGUUUUGGACCAGGCAUCUGGCAGUGCUGUGAUUCCGUUACAGCCAGGAGACACUGUUCAUAUCCAGUUACCAUCUGACCAGGCAUCUGGACUCUAUGCAGGACAAUAUGUCCAUUCUUCUUUCUCUGGUUUCCUACUCUACCCCAUGUAG